GACGGAAGGGAUUAGAGAAGUCUGAAUGCGCCUCUCACGAUCUCCUCCUUCCGGGAAGGAGAGGCUCACGAUAAGGAGGGCGGACUUGUGAAACCCGUCAUGCACGAAGAGGAGUCCUGACAGAGGAGUCGAGAACUCGAGAGUGAACAUGUUCUGUCAGAAUUCGCACUAAACAGGAAUGGCCUCGUACGGAGGAGGAGGCUGACUUACGCUGCACGAUUGGGAGUCCACUGUCCUAUACAAGAGCACGUGGAGGUGUUGGACAGCAAUCGUAAAGAGAGUGUGUGUGUGGUCACUGGUGGCAUAACGAGCGAGCGAGGGGGAGAGAUCUGAUGGGGCAGCGAGCGAGGGACGGUAGGGUGGGGACGAUGGAGAAAUAGCUCGGCCCGCCGCUGGCGUCAGGAGGAGGAGGGUUCAGUUGUUUGCUUGCUCGAUCGCGGUGAUCGAAGGCCGCCUCCGAGUUCUUCGUGCCCUAAGUGCUGAAUUGCAGAAAUCUACGAUUUUCGAGAGGUGGGCAAUCUGAUCUCUCUGUUUCCCUUUACGAAACAGAAGCGGAGAGCCUCGUAUGUACGAGGAAGGAUCGGUGUUCGGAACCACCUGUGUCGGAUUCACCUGUCAGCGGGGCUAGCUGUCUCGCAGAGGGAUGCAAUUCUUCCUCCCUCUGGACGGUGCACGCGAGAUGAAUCAGAGCGGACGAGUUGCGUCGAGGAGGCUCAUCGGGGCACAUGUCGUCUACAGGUCUGGAGUCAAUUGAUUGCAGGUGCAGGAGAAGAUGCUCUGGACUUCAGCUAUAAUCAGCCCGGUGGAGCUAGUCUGCCCUCUUUGAUCUGACCAUUUUAGUCUGAGAGCCACUCGUGUGCAGACCAUGCUCCAAUACAUCAGAACAGUUUAGCUUCGGGGACCCAAUUCUAUUCGACUCUCGAUCUCAAAGCGUGGAUGUUGCGGAAAUAUUUUCGAAUGAUCGAUCACCUUUCUGAAGCCGUGCUAGAGUUUCAGGUGAAUUUCUAAUGAAGAGACGGAGAGAAAAGACGCCCAAAGCUGCUGCAUCGGGUUCCAAAACCACCAGAGGUGAGCUAGUUAGUUCUCCUUCUGCAUACGACUCCACACUGUCGCGCCUCGGAGUAAUGCCGGUCGACGGCAGCCGAGCUACAGCUAGCGGAGUCAAGGGAUCAAAAGGCAAGUCCGAUGGAAGACAGAAAGAAAAGUCGGGCUUAUCUCGCCUGGCUGAUCUGUCCAUUAAUGAAAGUUCACCUCAGGAUAAACCGCAAAUGAUGGACUUCGAGGAUAAUAUUCCGGAUGAGAUUAUGGUGCAAAUAUUUAAGCAUGUAUUUCGGCCGGGAAUUGCGUGGGAGUCGGCCAAAGUUUGCAAGCGUUGGCACGUACUUCAAGCAAUCAAUUUAUUGCAGAAGCGGGGCAGUGGCAGUAUUAGGUGCAUGGGCUUGAAGAAAGGCGAUCGUUCAGGAAGGAAAAAUCAUUGUGACGGUCGGGCCAAGACUCUGAAAUUGAAGAGAGUGGAAUCGGAGUGGCGUCUAUCUAUGCAUCUCUUACAGAGCUGCAAACGACACAUCCAUAACUUGGAGAUCAAGAAUUGCACGCAUGUCUCGGAGCGAGGAUAUCAGCUGAUUUCAGCUUUUGCAUCAAAUUUGAAGUCGAUUCGACUGGAAUUUUGCAAUUCCUUGGACGAUGCCAGCUUUGACUCUAUUCUAGACAAAUGUCCAACCCUGCGAUCCAUUCAUUUGACGGCAGUUAAUGUUACCUUGGUAAAUGUAGUCGCAAAGGCUCCCAAGCUUCAAGACCUGCACGUCCAUGGGUGCCGGAAAGUGACAGCAAAGACUUUGCUUACUAUUCUGCAUGGCUUGAGUAACUUGAGGUCUCUUAGUUUGACUGCGAUGGGAGACCCUCAGCAAGACUUGGAUGUGACUAAAUUCGAAUCAGGACCACCUUUGAAGCUUCAACAUCUGCACUUGGAAAAUUCUCAUGCAAUUACUGAUCAUCUUCUUCAACUACUGGCUCCUCGACUUGUAAAUUUGAGGAAGUUGGAUCUGACCCUGUGCACAUCGAUUACUGAUGAUGGGUUGCAGGCAGUACUCUUGUCAUGUGGCGCAUCACUAACUCAGAUUGUGAUGUCUCGGUGUAGACGAAUUACUGAUAAAAGCAUUUUCACGUUGGCUGAGACUGCUUACAAACUGCAUGAUGUGUCUUUGGCAGGCUGUAGUAUUAGUGAUGUUGGGUUAAAGGUAUUGAUGGGUGCUAAGUUCAUUCGAAACCUGAGGAACUUGAGUUUGGCCUGCUGCAGUAAGGUAACUGACGUAGGUUUAUCGUACUUCGCUUCUCAGGCAGACCAGUUGGCAUGUUUUAAAACCCUUGAUUUGCAGAGUUGCUCUGGAAUAUCAGCGUUUGGAUUGAAGGGCCUUCCAGAGAAGCUUCAUGGUAAAAGCUACAAAGUCCUUUCUGAAAAGAAAAAUGUCACCAUCUCAGGAUGACACUACCAUCUGUGUUGGCAUAGAGGAUGUAGCACAUGCACCUGUCAAUUUGUUCAUAUAACUCUUUACCUAGGUAAAGUGAAUUAGUUGACACUGUCAACUGGUCACUCAAUUUUGGUGAUGUCUUUAUCGAAGACAUUGCGAAAUUCUGAAGUGUAGGUGAACCCGUUUUUCCCCACUUUUCCACUUUCGAUUCCAUUUUGACACAGGACCAUGAAUGUGAAUUAAGUCUGGUCCUCAGCUUUGUAAAAUUAGAAUUGUAGUGCAUCCUCAGAGCUCAAGGUGUACCUCCUACAUAUCAUACUUUUACAAAUGAGAAUUGAAGAUGCAGGGGAGAUUUGGAGGCUGGAUACAUAUGCUUCUCUCCAAGGGCAUACACUCGAUAGGGGGUUUCAGAAUUUAGACCAAACGCUACAAGCCCUGGUAGCUCUGUAAUGGUGUCAUUUGUUGGAAAAAUCAAAAUGUGGAAACGAAAACAGGUGGAAUAGUCAUCCCC